AUGGCGGAAAUAACCCAAGCAAGUGCUGAGCGCUUUACGACGGCAACACGAAGAGCAAACCGUAACCCUACGGACAUCGUCUCUGCACGGAGUAUCCAAGCACUCAUCCAGUGGCUCUACCUCCGGGCUGUCGAUUUCGGUAUCAAGGACAAUUCAGAGUGUAUUUCGGCUAUUAUUGAGCUCGCAAGGCUUGCAGACAAGUACGGUAUUAUCGGGAUCCAAUCUGCCGUGGCCGAUAAAAUCAAGAAAGUCAUUUGCAGCCGAAAUAAGCAGAAUGGAGGUAGUUUUCCCAAGGACAACACCUCCUCGCUCAAAUCUGCGCAUAUAAUUUCAGGGACCUUCCUUCCUCGUGGGCAUCCUGUGCGCAGCAUAUUGGCUGCAGCUUGCGUGUGUGGGUAUCUGCGGCAAAAGAACCACAAGUUUGCCCAGGAGGCUGAGGAUCACCCUACCUUUGCGGCGGAUCUCCUCCGAGAGGUCCAACUAGCCCUGGAUACAAUAAAUGUGCUCAAGCAAAGGGCCUUUAUCUUCAAAGAUCCUGUGGACAAAGCAGAGACUCUCUUGCAAAGGACUUGA